GCGUAAUAAACGUUGCCCACGAAAACUGAAUGAAUGAAUAAACGAGGGAGAGGACGAGAGAGGUCUCCUACUACUAAAACCAUCUCUCUCUCUCUCUCUCUCUCCUCUUCUCUUCUUUGCCUUUUGCUGGCCCUGCCAAUCCGGGGGUCCCUAUUGCCACCACCCUUUUCUCUCCCUUCUUUUCUUCAUUUUCACAGAACAAACUUCCCAUCUUCCUCAAAAAUAAUGCAAAAUGAGCUUUAUAUUUUUCAGCUCUAGCUUCUGAUUCUAGAAUCCGUAAGUUUAAACAUUUUUGUUGAGGCCGUACGAAGGUGAAGAUGUCUGGUUUUGUGGGUGUUCUUGUUUCGGAUCCAUGGCUACAGAGCCAAUUCACCCAAGUGGAGCUUCGCACCCUCAAAUCAAAAUUCCUCUCGGUGAGAACUCAAUCUGGUCGCGUCACAAUGGGAGAUUUGCCACCUCUGUUUGUGAAACUGAAGGCUUUUAGUGAAAUUUUCUCUGAGGAUGAGAUUAAAGCCAUAUUGCAAGAAUCAGGCAAGGACAUGGGUGAAGAAAUCGAUUUCGAGUCCUUCCUCCGAGCACACUUGAAUUUGCAAGGGCGGGUGACAGCAAAAUCGGGUGGUUCAAAAAGUUCAUCUUCAUUUCUUAAGGCAACCACAACAACUGUACACCAUACGAUUAACGAAUCUGAGAAGGCUUCGUAUGUUUCCCAUAUUAAUAGCUACCUGGGGGAAGAUCCUUUCUUGAAGAAGUAUCUUCCUAUAGAUCCAUCUACAAAUGCGUUGUUUGAUCUCGUGAAAGAUGGAGUUCUCCUCUGCAAACUUAUUAACGUUGCUGUUCCUGGGACUAUUGAUGAGCGAGCAAUUAACACUAAAGCGGUUCUUAAUCCAUGGGAGAGGAAUGAGAAUCAUACCCUUUGCCUUAAUUCUGCAAAGGCUAUUGGCUGCACAGUUGUUAAUAUUGGCACCCAGGACUUGGUUGAGGGGAGACCACAUCUUUUGCUUGGACUAAUUUCUCAAAUAAUUAAGAUUCAACUAUUGGCUGAUCUCAAUCUGAAGAAAACUCCACAACUUGUUGAAUUAGUGGAUGACAGCAAGGAUGUGGAGGAACUCAUGGGUUUACCGCCUGAGAAAGUGUUACUGAAAUGGAUGAAUUUCCAUCUUAAGAAGGCCGGAUAUGAGAAACAGGUCACGAACUUCUCUUCUGAUGUGAAGGAUGGAGAGGCCUAUGCAUAUCUCCUAAAUGCUCUUGCGCCAGAGCACUCAGGUCCUGCUGCCUUGGAUAAAAAGGAUCCAACAGAAAGAGCAGAUAUGGUUCUUGAGCAUGCGGCAAAAUUGGAUUGCAAAAGGUACCUGACUCCUAAGGACAUUGUUGAGGGCUCACCAAAUCUCAAUCUUGCAUUUGUAGCACAAAUAUUCCAACACAGGAAUGGCUUGACCGUCGACACUAAGAAAAUGUCCUUUGCUGAGAUGAUGACCGACGAUGCCCAAACUUCUCGGGAAGAGAGAUGUUUUAGACUCUGGAUUAAUAGUCUCGGAACUGCUACUUAUGUCAACAAUGUGUUUGAGGAUGUCAGAAAUGGGUGGGUCCUUCUAGAUGUUCUUGAUAAAGUUUCGCAAGGUUCAGUCAACUGGAAGCAGGCAACAAAGCCCCCCAUAAAAAUGCCUUUCAGAAAAGUUGAGAACUGCAAUCAAGUUAUAAAGAUUGGAAAGGAAUUAAACUUCUCUCUUGUUAAUGUAGCUGGGAAUGAUAUUGUGCAAGGAAAUAAGAAGCUCAUAUUGGCAUAUUUAUGGCAGUUGAUGAGAUUUUCUAUGCUCCAACUCUUGAGAAAUUUGAGAUCUCACUCCCAAGGUAAGAAGGGAAAAGAGAUUACCGAUGCUGACAUUCUAAACUGGGCAAACAACAAAGUGAAGAAGGCCGGUAGAACUUCUCAAAUGGAAAGCUUCAAGGAUAAAAACCUUUCAAAUGGUAUCUUCUUCCUCGAGCUUCUUAGUGCUGUUGAGCCAAGGGUGGUAAACUGGAGUGUUGUCACGAAAGGGGAAACUGAGGAAGACAAGAAAUUGAAUGCAACAUAUAUAAUCAGUGUUGCUCGGAAGCUUGGCUGCUCCAUUUUCUUGUUACCGGAGGACAUUAUCGAGGUAAACCAGAAGAUGAUUCUCAUUUUGACGGCAAGCAUUAUGUACUGGAGCCUGCAGCAACAAGCAGCUGAAGCGGAGAACACUCCUGAUGAGUCCCCUGCUGCUUCUGUUAGCAGUGCCAGUGAAAGCGAGACAGUUUUGUCAAAUGAAGUGUCUAAUUUGUCUGUUGAUGAUGCUGCUGCUUCUGACACUCCAUCCCCGCAGGCUGGAAACGAGCAAUCAUUCGAAAUAGCUGAAAACGAGGAACCAGCUCAAAAUGUUGAGAAUGAGGAACACUCUACAGAAGUUGUAGGAAAAGACAGUGAAGAUAAAGAAUAACCGGAAAGUACAUCUUUAUUUUUUUUUCCCCCUCUCUCAAAAGAUGAGGAUAAAGGUGAUUAUAUUGCAGUUAGCAUAUACCUCACAUGCUCUCGGUGGAAGAGAGUGCUAAUUUUUUGUGCUUGUGAACCACAGAAAAAAAAAAAAAAAAAGUUACUCAUGUAAAUUUUGGUUAUAUUUUUUGUUCCUAGGUAUAUUCUUUUAAAGGAAAUUACAUUAAUUUUGUUGAAUAAUAAGAUGGGCAGCAGAAAGCAUCAUUUGUUGGGUUGAA